CUUCCUGCUCCGCCCCCCCGCCCUGGUGCCGUGGGGACUACGGGGAGCCUCCAUAGUCAGCGGCAGACUACCCCUGAGCCCCGGCACUUAAUUGGCCCGGCCUGAUGCCCUGGCGCUGGGCCUCUCCGUGAGACAGGAUGCCGGUGGGGGCCGUAGGGCACUCCUCCUAGUCUCUUUGGCUUGGAUUUCCUGGCGCCUCAUUGAAAGACGGGACCCUCAAGGAUCAUCUAGUCCAACCCCCUGCACAACGCAGGGAAUUCACAAGUACCUCCCCCUCCCACCAUUCCCCCAAAGACUCCCACUCAAUGCCAAGAGGAAGAGGGAGAGCGGGGAGUCCUGCAGUUUCAGGCGAGGGGGGAAUGGAAGUGGGGGUCCAAGGCAGUGAAUAGAGGCAGGGGUGGAGUCAGAGGAAAGCCAGGGACACCCCCCCCCUUUCAUGCCCAUGGGGCCAACAGACUGUCACCCCCUCCCCAAGUUGGAGCUCAUCUUCCCUCCUUCCUGCAGUGCUAGCCCAGCAGACCCCUGAGCUUAAUCCCGAGAGGGGACACAACACGCAGUAUUUGGGCCCAGGGGCACGGGUUUUAAUUUCGCCUCCCUCUGUGGGAUCUGCAGCAUACGGCUGAAGGGGUGUGUGUGUAAUUUAUUUUGAGUGUUUCAGUGCCACCUUGUUGAAGUUCUGCUCUGGAUCUGACUGGGUCUUUUCCUGCCUGGAUGGAGUAAUCGGCAGCCAGCGAAGGUCUGUCAGCCCUGAUGGAGCUGAGACUGAAAACAGAUCCGGAUGCAGAAGGCGGAAGCAGACCUGAUGGAGGCAAGAGGAUGGACAACAGGGAAUUCUGGGAAACAGCCCUGCAGGAGGACCCUGGGACGGAGACCCCGUGCUCCGAUGGCUGGCCCUUCAGGCAGUUCCGCUGCCAGGAGGCCGAGGGGCCCCAAGAGGUUUGCAGCCGCCUCCACCAUCUUUGCUGCCAGUGGCUGCAGCCAGUGAGGAACACCAAGGAACAGAUGCUGGACCUGGUGGUGCUGGAGCGCUUCCUGGCCGUCCUGCCCCCGGAGGUGCAGCGCUGGGUCAGGGACUGCCAGCCGGAGACCAGCUCCCAGGCGGUGGCCCUGGCAGAGUGCUUCCUCCUGAGUGUGGCAGAGGAAAAGAAGUGGAAAGGGCAGGAAACAUCUGAAGGACCGUAUGGUUUGCCUAAAGCAGAGGCUCCGCCAGACCCCCAGCAGGAACCAGUACUUCCGGGGUUCACUCAGGGGGGCGACAGAAGAGCCACCUCACUGGGUGGUGAAGCUAUGCCGGUUGUGAGCACGAGGUCAUCACCACUCCUCGGGGCCAUGGAAGAGGUUGCUAUCCACCUGGAUCAGAGCCCGGUGACCUUUGAGGAGGUGGCCGUGUCUUUCUCCGAAGAGGAGUGGGCUCUGCUGGAGCCGGACCAAAGGGCUCUCUACAAUGAGGUCAUGUCGGAGAGUCUUCUCAGUGUGGCCUCUUUGAGCAGGGGGGAGUCUCCCCGCUCAAACCUCUGCUGCUUCCGGAUGCUGCGUCAGCUCUGUGAUGGGUCGUGUCUGGGGAUCCUGUUUCUGCCGUCCGCUUCCGGGCUGCCUUCGCGCUUUCGAGUCAGACUUCACAGGGAGAGCCAAACAGACGUUUUUGGACCACCACCUCCCACCCACCAAAGGUCUCAGGAUUUUACAGUUCCUUCUGGCUGGAGCCUCGUACAGGAGGCAGAGGACUCUCUGAGAAGAGUCAGAACUGCCAGUCCAGAAGGGCAGAGAAGCCUAAAGGAAGCAAAACAGGAAAGCAGGGACAAACCCUUCCCUUCUCAGCACGGUCGCUUCUGGGCAGUUGAAACCCAUGCAAGUGAGGCAGAUUUCAACAAUGAACUGAACUUCAAUACCGAGUGGGGAAUCAACACGAGGGAGAAAUCGUAUCGAUGUUCGGGGAGAGGAAAGAGCAGCGAACAGAGUGAAAAUCUGAUUUCACAGCCAAGCAUCCACCCGUGUGACUACUUAGAGUCUGCAGAACGCGUCAGUCAGAGCACACGCUUCUUGGAGCAUCAGGGCAUCCACGUGGAGGAGGAAGAGGAGUGCAGAGACAGCUUCAUCCUGAGUGAGUACUUGACGGAGCUCCAGCAAGAGCAGAAGCCGUACAAAUGCCGAGUGUGUGGAGAGAGCUUUGCUCAUCGGUCGGUCCUCACCGUGCAUCGCAGAAGCCAUGUGAGAAGGAACCCAUACAAAUGCUCUGUGUGCGGGAAGGGCUUCAGUCAGAGAGGAAACUUGAGGGCCCAUCAGAGAAUCCACACAGGAGAGAAGCCCUAUAAAUGCACAGAGUGCGGAAAGAGCUUCCGUCAGAGCGGAACCCUGGCUUCCCACCAGAGAACCCACACGGGGGAGAAACCAUACAAGUGCUUAGAGUGCGGAAAGAGCUUCAGCGACAGCUCUACCCUGACAGCCCAUCAAAGAAUCCACACAGGGGAGAAGCCAUUUGAAUGCACGCAGUGCGGAAAGAGAUUUGGUCACAAAGGAAACCUGAAUUCCCAUCAGAGGAUCCACACAGGGGACAAACCGUUUAAGUGCGUGCAGUGCGGGAAAAGGUUCAGUCAAAGAGUUAACUUUAUGAGUCACUAUCUAAGAAUCCACGCAGCGGAUAAACUGUUUGGGUGCUUCUAGGGUGGAAAGAGCUCCCGUCUUAACACAAGCCUUACUUUCCACCAAACCUUACUUUCCACAAAGGGAAAAAAGCACGCACACACGUGUUCAGUGCGUAGGAAAAGCACACGUCAAAUAUGUAUUGUUGAAUAAUUCAUAUCAAAUAAUUCAUGCAGAGGAGGAUACUGUGAAGCCUGCAAAGACUUCUUCUGACAGGAAUGUCGGGCAGAACUGAGAUGGCCACAGAGUUUUCCUUAGCCCCUGAAUGACCAUUGGAGUACCUAUUUACAUACUCCAGAAAGGGCAAACGAAAACAGAUAAGAGCACAAACGUGCAUCUUACAAGAUGGCAGGAUUUGGCCCUCACCUGUGCAGAGCAGAACUUGCUGUGCAGUGAUCGGGCGACUCUCCCACUUCCAAAGUGAUGAAUCCAAGCGCACAACUGCCUUCACCAAGAGUUCACAUCUGACAUAUUUUCAGCUACUUUCUACCCAUGAUUCUUCCUUUGUUCCUUUAUUCAGUGCCCUUUGCCGUGGCAUUAAUCUACCAUAGCAUAAAGACUCCUUCCACACUUGCCUGAAAAUUGAGGGGCUGCCUUGAAGGCCACCUUUCCGAGCUCAGUUCCCUUUGCAACUUGAGAUCCUGGGAGAUUUUCAAGAUUUUUUUUUCAGUGUCUCUGCUUUCUUGCAAAGGCGCACACAGUGCUGUCAGAGGAAGGCUGGCCCCCUGGCGAACAAACAGUGCUAGUCCAAAUGAGCAAGGACUCCCUCAAGGCCCCCACACACACUAUGUGUCUCCUUUCUCUGUUGCUGGCGAUUCUGCAUCUCCCAGUAGCCAGCAAAUAAAAUAA